AUGUUUUUUCUGAAGAGGAAACUAUCUUUCAAAUUUUUAGUUGUUUCACUUAUCGCCGUAAUAGUUGUAAUAACUCUCACAGUUAUCCAACCACACGCAAACAAUACCAGUAUUAAUACUAGUUCUUUAUCUAAUUUAUUCUCUUCCAACAUUAAAUCAAAAACUACUAACAACAAUGACAAUAAUGAUAACGAUAAUAUUAAUCACAACCAUAAUAACAAGGGGGGUUCUAAAAAAAGAAUAGUUGUACAAUCUAAAAAGGACUUAUUGAAUCCUAGCUAUCUUAACUCCAAGAAACUAAUAGACAAUGUCGAUUAUAAGUCAAAAGUUUCUCCAAAUUCUCCAUUUUCACCCUUCGUUAAUGAUGUUUUUACUAAAUACAAUGUACAAGGUUAUAUUAGUAAUCCAGAUAAUGUAGAUUUAAGCUUACCUGAAUAUUUACUUUCUGAAUCAGAUGAAGGAUCUAAAAAGGAAAAAAUGUGUUCUAUAUUGGAGUACGAUAACUACUUUGAAUAUUCUUAUGGUUCAAAUCAACUUAUUUUAAAUGAAUUAUCAGAUAUGAAAACUUUAAGAGAUGAUUUAUUAUACAAUUAUCCCAAGUGGUUCCCAUUUGUUCAGAAUAAAGACACGGAAGUGGAUUUAACGGAAGCUAGAAUAUUAGAUGAGCACUGGGUGAGAUUUGGUGGUAGUGCUGUUUGGCUAGAUGAACAUCAAUGUUAUUUAAUGGUAUCUAGAGUAUUAUAUCAUCCUUUUGGAUACGAAAAGCAUUGUAAAAUAUCCCUAUCUAGAUUAGAACUGUUUGAUAAAGAUUGGAAUCCGUUAAUAGGUAAGCGAAUUUGGUUCAGCGAUAUUUCAGUGAACCAAGCAGACUUGGAUAACAUGAUUAAUAAAUUGGAUAAUGAAGCCAUUGCAAAUGUCAAUGAUGAUCCAGAGCUGAAACUUAGAAGUCUGAAUAGAAAGAAAAAGUUCUUGAAUAGAUAUAGUGUUGAAUUUCCAACAUGGUUAGAUAUUGACAUGGAUUUAAAAGAUGGUGAAACCUUGGGGACCGAAGAUCCUAGAGUUGUGUUAUUAGGCAACGGUGAGCCAUUGGUUAUAUUCAAUAUGCUUGAUAAGGAUUAUAAUAUAGAUAAAACAACAAGAUCUAUCUAUAGUUAUUUCCCCUUUAGGAAAAUUAAUCCUCAACUAAAAUUUGUUAUUGAAGGCAGACAGCCCAAAUCAGUUGAGAAGAACUGGACACCUUUUUUGCAUAGAGAUGAUAUUGAAGAAACUGUUACUAGCAUUGAUAGAGGCCAUCUACACUUUAUAUAUUCGUUUAGGCCAUUGGAAAUAUUGAAAUGUUCAUUGAAUGAUGGCUUAUGUAGAUUAGUCUUUGAAAACCAGUUUUUAACCACACUAGAUGAAACUAAUAAUGAGGAAGAUAAGAAAUUGAAUCAAUAUGGUGGUAUCAGAGGUGGUACACAAUUCUUACCGUUGCCAUCCAGUUUACCGCAACUAUCCAAUGGAAGGCAAUUGUGGUUAGGCUUUCCCAAACUACAUAUAGAUUGGUGUGGUUGCGGUAAAUCAUUUUACAGGCCUAUGUUAAGUUUACUAAUGGAAAACGAUGGAGUCUAUAGCGAAGAGUUGAUUGUCCCGAUACUAGAUUUUGAUAUGGACGUUUUAAGUUUUGAUAGAAAGACUACCAAGUGUGACGGUCUAAACAAUUUAUCGCCCAAUUCUAUCUCUGCUUGGGAUGUAUUAAAUUAUGACACCAUCACUGGGAAGUAUGAAGAUUAUCUUGUCUUUACUAUGAGUGAAGCAGAUUACAAUACCAGAAGGAUUGUUUUAAAGGGUGUAUUAAAUUACGUUUUGGAAAUCUAUAAAAAUAAAGAGAUUAAAGAAUUAUUUGAAAUUACACCAGAUUCGAAAAAAGUUUUACAAAAAGCUUUAACCUGUAUCGUAGACUAUAGCAACGCGGAAUGUUCUGCAUAUGGCAAAGCUCAUCCUAAAGAUUAA